AGAUUACUUAAUUCAAAUUCACUCACAAAAAUGCCUGAGUUCAUCUCGGUGGACGAGUUCAUCGCCGAGACCUUGGAGGAUUACAGCUCGCCGACAACCUCGUCUUUCAUCACGAAAAUGCCAAGUUGUAGAAAUGCCGUGCAUAACAUCGAAGAGGCGCUGGACAGCGACAGGACAAUCUUGCAGAAGAUGAAGAAAGCUGCCAAAGCGAAGCACGUUUCUGGUCAAGACCACAUCUCGCAUCUGGAGCUGUAUAUCAACGCUGUGGAGAAGCUGGCAGUGAACUUCUGCACCAACGGGGAGCAGGAGCUGUCAUCCGCCUUCAAUAAGUUUGCAGACUUUUCCAAAGAGCUGCUGGUGCCCAUGAAAAACCUGCUGAAGAGUAUGCUGCACAACGUCAACUUCUUCUUGGAUUCGCUCGUCAAAGGCGACCUGAAGGAGGUCAAGGGUGACCUGAAAAAGCCCUUCGACAGAGCAUGGAGGGAUUAUGAAAAUAAGUUCACCAAGAUCGAGAAGGAGAAGCGGGAGCUGGCGCGGCAGUACGGCAUGGUGCGUACCGAGGUCAGCGGCGGCGAGAUUGCCGAGGAUCUGGAGAAGGAGCGCCGCAUGUUUCAGCUGCAGAUGUGUGAGUACCUUAUCAAAGUGAACGAGAUCAAGACCAAGAAAGGCGUCGAUCUGCUACAGAAUCUCAUCAAGCACUACCACUCGCAGUGCAACUUCUUUCAAGAGUGCCUGGUGACCACAGAGAAACUCAAGCGGCACAUCGAGGACCUCACCGGAAAGCUGAACCACAUCAAACACACCCAGGACGAGGAGAAGAGGCGUUUGUGCUCCCUGAGAGAGCAGCUGCGGCCCAUCGUGCAGCCCGAGCUGAAGGAGUCCAGAAGAGACUCUCUCAGUAAACAGUCAGUCUACAGCAUGCAUCAGCUUCAGGGCAACAAGCAGUAUGGAACAGAGAAGUCUGGCUACCUUUACAAGAAGAGUGAUGGGCUGAGGAAGACAUGGCAGAAGAGGAAGUGCGCCGUGCAGAACUGCUACCUGACCAUCGCUCACGCCACCCCUAACAAACCUCCAGCUAAGCUGAACCUUCUCACCUGCCAAGUCAAGCCCAGCCUGGAAGACAAGAAAUGCUUCGACCUCAUCUCCCACAACCGCACGUACCACUUCCUGGCAGAGGACGAGCCUGAAUGUGUGGUGUGGAUCUCAGUGCUGACGAACAGCAAACAGGAGGCACUUAACGUGGCUCUGGAUGAGCGCAGGCCCAGCGGGGAGAACAGCGUGGAGGACCUGACGCGGGCCAUCACCGCUGACAUCCGCCGCAUGCCGGGGAACAGCGUCUGCUGUGACUGUGGGGCGCCAGACCCCACCUGGGUCUCCACCAACCUUGGUAUCCUCACCUGCAUCGAGUGCUCCGGCAUCCACCGCGAGAUGGGGGUGCAUCAUUCCCGUAUCCAGUCCCUGUCUCUGGACAAGCUGGGCACCUCUGAGCUGCUGCUGGCCAGAAACGUGGGCAACUCAGGAUUUAAUGAAAUUGUAGAGGCCAAUCUUCCCAGUCCCUCCCUGAAGCUGUCUGCCGAGAGCGACAUGACGGCGAGGAAGGAGUUCAUCAUGUGCAAGUAUGUGGAAGGGCAGUUUGCCCGGCGCAGCGGCGACUCCCCCGCAACCAUGCGGAGGAGCCUGCAGGAGGCGGUAUACAGGCGCGACAUCUUCGCCCUGCUCCGACUCUAUGCCGAGAAGAUGGACCUGAGCCAACCGUUGCCAAACCACAUGCAGGAGAAAGGGGAGAAUGCACUGCACCAAGCUGUCUUAUUGGCUGAUCGCACCUCCCUUCACAUGGUAGACUUCCUUGUGCACAACUGUAACAACCUGGAUGCGCAGACGGCCCGCAGGAACACGGCUCUGCACUACUGCUGCCUGCACAACAAGACCGAGUGCCUGAAGCUGCUGCUGCGUGCCAAGGCCAACACGCACAUCAAGAACGAGGCUGGGGAGACCUGCUUGGACAUGGUGCGGAGGCUGAGGCACACGCACUGCGAGGAGCUGAUAAACCAGUCGCAGAGUAAUCAGUUCAACAUGCACUUGCACGUGGAGUAUGAGUGGCGCCUCCGACAGGACGACUUGUACGAAAGCGACGAUGACCUGGAUGACAAGAUGGGCCCAGUGAAGAAGGAACGCUCCAAUCGGCCCGUCAGCCUGUACCAUGCCUCGAGUGGGGGUGGGGGGGCCCACCCAGAGCGGCUGGCGGGGGCUGGAGCCGCUCACAGCACGAGUCGCAGGCUGACUGUGAGCCACGAGCACCGGCGAGACGUCUAUGCCUUGCCGCCCCUGCAGACACGCAGCCUGGACAGCCCCCCCCCACCACCCCCCUCCUCGCCUGCGCCCCCCCUCCCUCCCAGGGUUAAAGCUCCAAAUGUCCCACCUCCCCCCCCCCCAGUCAGCCCACCCGAGGGCUGGAGCGAAACACUGGCCAAUAAGAAGCGGACCCCUCCCCCACCACUAGUGAUCCGCCACAAGCGUACCUACUCUGAGCCUUCCCCACAGGUUCCUCACAGCCCCCAUUCUCUGCGCCAGGUCCCUGUGGAUUACUCAACGCCCAGCGGGAGAGGCUACGGGGGACUGGAGUCACCCUUCCAGAAGUCUGUCUCAGGGUCGCCAAAGUACGCCGUGCCAGCUCUCAACUCGCUGCCCGAGCUGCCAGAGAGAGGGUUCAGAGGCGACGCUGAAGAUAAUCCACAGCAGCCCAUCUACCAGAUCCCCCAGGCCAGCGGUCGCACUCUUCACUUCAGUCACCCUGCCAACUCCAGUCCUCUCGCCACUGAACCCAAUGGAGCUUCUUCUAGUCAUCACAGCCAUCAGGGAUCCACGCCUGAUCCCCUGCCCAGGAAAUCACUGGUGAGGCCCAGGGUGCGGAAGGUCAAAGCCAUUUAUGACUGUGUGGCUGACCACCAUGACGAGCUGACUUUUAACGAGGGCCAGGUGCUAGUCGUGCUGGAGGAGGACGAUCCUGACUGGUGGCAUGGAUACAUCGAGGGCCAACCCAGCAAGAGGGGCCUCUUCCCAGCAUCCUUUGUCCACAUCCUGUCUGAAUAGAGACUGGGCGACUGGAGCGUUGCCGCAUUCCUGAGAGACUGUUACUCCAUCAGGACGGACCUCACUGCGGCUCGCUGCCUUCCCCUCUGGCUUUAUGUGAGAACGGCGUCUACCUGGUUGUAGACCCAAGGACCAGCAUCACCUGUGCUUUUGUGUCCAUGAGCAGUAAGGUCCUUUCUGAAGGCAAUAUCCCUCACGUAUGGUGCGUCUUUAUUCGUCUGCAGACCGUUAGGUCACGUUUCAGAGGAAUGCAUCUUCUUUCCAUAAUUACUUCAUUACCUGCCAAUCUGGGUGAAAAACAAAAUGUUCACGUGUAUUUUCUGAAAAUUGUCGACGCCAUCCCUUUGUGGUAAUACUGGUCCAGAUGAACGGUGAACAAGCAUCUGUCCCAGAGCUGGAGUGGGAGUCUUACCUCUAUGAGGGAUGACAGUA